GGGCUUCUCCCACAGUCAAAUCACUCGCUUAUACAGUCGCUUCACCAGCCUAGACAAAGGAGAAAAUGGCACUCUUAGCCGUGAAGACUUCCAGCGGAUUCCAGAGCUUGCCAUCAAUCCGCUGGGAGAUAGGAUUAUCAAUGCCUUUUUUCCAGAGGGAGAGGACCAAGUGAAUUUCCGUGGAUUCAUGAGGACUCUGGCCCACUUCCGACCCAUAGAAGAUAAUGAAAAGAGCAAAGACCAGAAUGGACCAGAACCACUGAACAGCCGAAGUAACAAGCUCCACUUUGCUUUUCGAUUAUAUGAUCUAGACAAAGAUGACAAGAUUUCCAGGGAUGAGCUUCUUCAGGUGUUACGGAUGAUGGUUGGUGUAAACAUCUCAGACGAGCAGCUGGGCAGCAUUGCUGACAGGACAAUCCAGGAAGCUGAUCAAGAUGGGGAUAGUGCCAUCUCCUUUGCAGAGUUUGUAAAGGUUUUGGAGAAGGUGGACGUAGAGCAGAAAAUGAGUAUUCGAUUUCUUCACUGAUGGAUGGAGAACCUAUUCCUUUCUACCCAGAUAGAUAAGGAACAGAACUUCAUUUUCUCCCUGACACCUUUCCCCAGACCAUUGCUACUGGUGCAUGUAAAAUACAUCUCCAAACCCUCCCUGGUUUGUUCUACCGAUGUGAACAUUUCCCAUGCAUCAGGAACAAAGGGAAAUAGCUUCAGUGCAACUUGGAAAGGAGCAUUUAAAAAAAAACAAAAGCAAAAACUGAAACUUUUCCUUCCAUUUUCAAUUUUUACCCUUUCUCCCCUCUUUCCUUCUAUGUUACUGUAUGAGUAAAAAAAGUCUCUUCCCGUGUACUGUUGUUUAAUCUACAAACUGAUUCUUCUGAGCUCUGAAUCUGAAUGGAAAAAGGGGAACACCCUCCAAAAUGCUUUCUGGAGACAAGCACUUGCUCCAGUACUACGUGCAGUGGUAAUUCUUCACGUUUGCUUCCACUAGCAACACCAAAUUACAGCUGCCUUUUUUUUUUUUUGCCUUUUUUUUCCUUCCCCAGUUGACCCUUUAUGUGCAGAUUUUUCUUCCUGCUUCUAAAUCUGCCUUUUACUUGAGGACUUCUCAGUUUCUAUGGCUAUAAGACUAGGAUUGAAUGCAUGAUGAUAGUCCAGAGUAACUUAAAGUACUGUGAAUAGAUUUUAUUUUUUGUGGGAUCAGUCCACAGGAACAAUAGGAAUCUGUGGUGAAGACAAGCUGCUCUGUCCUGAAAGGAAAGAUGAAUUCUGCAUUAAGUGUUCAGUAGCAGAUGCAGACAUUUCUUUCCUUUGGGUAGCUUUCAGGCUUGACAGCCAGUGGACCACAAAGUGCCCUCUCCAGGUUGCUUUACUCUAGGAUCCCUCCUCCCAUCAGGGUGGUUUUGCCUCUGAAGGUGUAAACUUGUUUACCAGCAUACUUAAUGGAAGAAAACUAGUCAUGUCAAAAUCUGGAUUUGUAGCUCUGUCACUGUCCCUGGUAAUAGUGUCAUGAAACAUUGUUCUGGUGUGUGUGAUUUGGUUUUGUGGUUUGUGGGUUUUUUUUUUUUUAAAUCAUAGUGAUCUGGACAUAAACUUGUAUUAUCUAAUAUGGAAGUCUUGGGUUGUUAGAGUUGUGUUGAGGGCAAUAACUAUAUUUAUGAAAGCUCAGAUACAAAAAUACCUUUUAGGGAAGUACAUGUUAUCCCAAAUUAAACUAAUAGUGAAAUUUCAGAAUAUUUGUACACAUAUCUUUGCAAAUAUAAGGUAAAUACAAUUAAUAUAAUCUUGCUGAUAAAUUCAAGACAGCAAAAGUGUUGACUAUAACUGGUUGUGAACCUUCAGGUUCACCUGUGACAAAAUUUUCUGCGGUUAGAUUGACAAAUGAUCUCAUCUCAGCUGGAACAUCCUAUUGUCUGAGAGGUCCAAUAAAACCAAAAAACACCAGGAGCUUCUUUAUUGAAGAAUCAGUGUUAUAACUGCUUCUGUGUCACGUUUUAACAUUUCUAUGUUCUCAAACUGUACCCUCAAAUGUGCAUUUCCUUUUUUCUCACUUCCUUUAAUCCUCCCUUGUGAUAAAGAAUGAUGUGCAAAUCUCUGGAGGAUUUUUGUUUUGUUUUAAAUUAAGGAAUUGCAAACUGAAAUACUACACUUUGUUUUGCAGACUGCAGCAUAACAAACAAAUCCAGAAUGAAAUGUAUAUUCAAAACUUUUAUUCUGUAUGAGAAAGAAACAUUCUGGUUUUAUGACCAUGUCAUGUAAAAUAGGAAUGUAACAAUGUUAAAUUUAAAAAUACACAAGUUUUUGUAGGCAUUGUGAUCUGCUUAUUAAAAGUAGGUGUUGCUAUCUUCCUUUCUGGCUAUAUAGUUGUAACCCACAGUUGUGCCUUAUUGUCAAAGUGAGACUGGAUAUUGUAUUAAUCCAUAAAUAAACCCUCCACUGUAAAAACUA